AUGCUCAGCUCCUCUGACCAAUAUCUUGACUCAAGGAAUCCCGAAUCAUCUCCUAUAAUUGAUUUAGACUCUGAUAUCUCUACAGAUCUUUUAAUCAAUUUUGAAAAGAAUUCUCACUUCCCAGAUUCAACACUUUUUGACAAAGAAAGCCAACUUCAACUGUCCAAUUUAGAUGAAUUGUUCUCUCAAUCUCUAAGUCAAUCCCGUAUACCAUCAGCCAUCAGGAAAUCUAAAAAGAAGAAGGUUAUAAAAUCGGCUAUUUUCCAUCCAUUUGCUUCGAUUGAAAACACAGAGAUUACCGUUCAGAGCUUAAAGAGUUAUUUUAAGUAA